UAUGCAAGUCAAUGAUCAUACUUUUCCAUCAUUCCAAUUUUCCAAACAACCCUGACCACAUGUGCCACCUAAUGUGACUCCCUCGGUCACCGGCCUCUCUCUCCCUCUCCUUCCUCGUUCCAAACCCACGAAUCCUACGCUCCCUUUCCCCACUAUAAGAACCCCAUCACACACCCUUCACUCCCUCAUCACCACCACCAACACCACCAUGGCCCACCCAGUGACCCCAGUAUCGCCGCCGUUGAAAGACGAGCUGGACAUAGUGAUCCCCACGAUCAGGAACCUGGAUUUCCUGGAGAUGUGGAGGCCUUUCUUCCAAGCCUACCACCUCAUCAUCGUCCAGGACGGUGACCCCACCAAGACCAUCAAGGUCCCAGAUGGGUUCGACUACGAGCUGUACAACCGCAACGACGUGAACCGGGUUCUGGGCCCCAAGGCUAGCUGCAUCUCCUUCAAGGACUCGGCCUGUCGCUGCUUUGGCUUCCUGGUUUCCAAGAAGAAGUACAUCUUCACCAUUGACGACGAUUGCUUUGUGGCGAAGGAUCCGAGUGGGAAAGAGAUCAAUGCGCUGGCACAGCACAUACAGAACGUGCUGACACCAUCCACGCCGUUUUUCUUCAAUACCCUCUAUGAUCCGUAUAGGGAAGGGGCUGACUUCGUUCGUGGAUACCCAUUCAGCUUGAGAGAAGGAGUGCCCACCGCCAUCUCUCAUGGGCUCUGGCUCAACAUUCCCGAUUAUGAUGCCCCCACUCAGCUUGUCAAGCCUCGCGAGCGCAACACCAGCUCGCACAGGUAUGUGGAUGCUGUUCUGACAAUUCCCAAAGGCACCCUUUUCCCAAUGUGUGGGAUGAACCUUGCUUUCAACAGGGAACUGAUAGGACCUGCCAUGUAUUUUGGGCUCAUGGGCGAUGGCCAACCAAUUGGCAGAUAUGAUGAUAUGUGGGCUGGUUGGUGUGCCAAGGUGAUCUGUGACCAUUUGAGUCUUGGGGUGAAGACAGGGUUGCCAUACCUUUGGCACAGCAAGGCAAGCAACCCAUUUGUGAAUUUGAAGAAGGAAUACAAGGGCAUAUUCUGGCAGGAGGAGAUCAUUCCAUUCUUCCAGUCUGUUGUCCUCCCCAAAGAGUGCACGACUGUGCAGAAUUGCUACCUGGAGCUCUCAAAGAAGGUCAAGGAAAAGCUUGGCCCUAUUGAUCCUUACUUUCAGAAGCUUGGGGAUGCCAUGGUUACCUGGAUUGAAGCCUGGGAGGAGCUCAACCCGCCAGCACAAGCAACAACUACAUCUCAGCCCACCGGUGUGAAGAAGGCUGAGCCCUCUUCCAAAUCAAAGUAGACACCCCUUUUAGUUCCCUUUCAUUGUUCAUGUUUUCGCUUAUCACUAUCGUUGAGUUACUCCUUUGGGCCUAUAUUUUUCAGUAUGAAUAAGCGUAUUUUCAUCCUUUCCAAA